UUGGUUGGCUGAGAAGUAGCCUAACAGACAGGUUUAAUUUAGUCCCUAAGAACACAUCGCGUAUUCCGGAGCCUCUUCUUCGUCUUUUCCUCCUCCACUCUUGUCGACAUUGCCUUUUCACACUUUCUCCACAAAGGCUGUGCGCAGCAUCAGCACCACCCCACACCCGGAGCGAUGGGAGGUACAAACGCCGUUAUUAUUUUUCCUGUCGUGAGCGUCAGCAUCAUUUAUUUAAGAUACAGCAUCUGAUCAGCAUAAUCGGCAUGUUUUCUCCUGUGACAGAGGCCGAGACGCGCCAAAAAUUACUGCGCAAUGUAAAGAAAGAGGUGAAACAAAUUAUGGAGGAGGCUGUAACAAGGAAAUUUGUACAUGCAGACAGCAGCCACAUCAUUUCUUUCUGUGCCGUAGUGGAAGCCUGCAUGCUUCAUGGACUGAAGCGUCGUAUAGCAGGCCUGCUGUGCAGCAACAAGGUUGCGGCGCUCUUCAUGAAGGUGGCAAAGAGCUUUUCCCCUGCCGAGGAGCUCUGCCACAAAGUCCAGGAGGUGGAGCAGCUUAUAGAAAACAGCAAGCAGAACGCUUCCCUAAGUAAUGAUCGCAGUCGGCAAUCCAAGUUGGCCAAUCUCCCUCCUCAGGCCCUGAAACACUUGUGGAUCCGAACCGCGCUGAUGGAGAAGCUCCUGGACAAGAUUGUCUUGUACUUGGUGGAGAACAGCAGUGCCUUCUAUGAGAAGGAAGCCAUGCUGAUGGAUCCUGUAGAUGGACCAAUUCUUGCAUCUCUAUUGGUUGGCCCUUGUGCUUUGGAGUACACCAAAGUUAAGACUGCAGACCAUUUCUGGACCGACCCGUCAGCUGACGAGCUUGUACAGCGACAUCGCAUCCACAGUGGCCACUGUCGGCAGGAUUCUCCCUCCAGACGGCCUGCGCUGAUCCAGAAGAGACAGUCCAGUGGCAGCAUGGAUGACCGCCCUCUCAUGUGGGUGAGGGACUAUGUUGAAUCCCUUCACCAAAACUCCAGAGCCACACUCCUGUUUGGAAAGAACAACGUCCUGGUGCAGCCGAGAGAUGACAUGGAGGCCAUCCCAGGCUACCUCUCUCUACACCAAACUGCUGACCUCAUGACGCUGAAAUGGACGCCCAAUCAGCUGAUGAAUGGCAGCGUGGGAGAGCUUGAUUCUGAAAAAAGUGUGUAUUGGGAUUAUGCCAUGACAAUUCGUUUGGAUGAGAUUGUGUAUCUCCACUGUCAUCAGCAAGUGAACAGUGGGGGGACCGUCGUUUUGGUGAGCCAGGAUGGGAUCCAGAGACCUCCCUUACAUUUCCCGAAAGGUGGCCACCUCCUGCAGUUCCUCACCUGCCUGGAGACCGGCCUGCUGCCUCACGGACAGCUGGACCCUCCGCUGUGGAACCAGAGAGGAAAGGGAAAGGUUUUCCCCAAACUGCGGAAAAGAAGUCCACACGGCUCCUGUGAUUCUGUAUCAGAUAAGGAGGAUGACGAAGCGACAGAUUACGUCUUUCGGAUCCUCUUUCCCGGCAAUCAGAUGGAGUUCAUGGCUCUGGAGCUGAUGGACCAGGGCGUGAACAUGUGGCAACCAACGCCCAGGAAGUCCUCGUGCUCGUCCUGCUCACAGAACGGCUCCUCUGAUGGCUCUCUGCCUAACGGCUGCAACCAGGAGAGGGCUCCUUUGAAGCUCCUGUGUGACACCAUGAAGUAUCAGAUUAUCUCCCGUGCUUUCUAUGGAUGGCUUGCAUACUGCCGCCAUCUGUCCACGGUUCGCACUCACCUUUCCGCACUAGUUAACACCACUAUAGUCGACCCUGUUGUGCCCUCUGCUUCCAGAGAAGGCCUCUCUGUAGAGGUGUGGUCCAGGUUCCUCAAAGACACUUCUGCCUUUGAGGAAAAGGAGAUACACCGGCUUGUGUAUUUUGGCGGUGUGGCUCCUUCACUACGCAAAGAGGUCUGGCCCUUCCUGUUGGGACACUACCAGUUCACCAUGACUGAGAAAUGCAGGCUGGAGAUAGAUGAGCAGAUGCGGACCAUGUAUGAGCAGACAAUGAAGGAGUGGCAGGGCUGCGAGGCCAUCGUCCUUCAGCGGGAGAGGGAGAAACACGCUGAGGCUCUCGCCAGAUGUUCGUCUGGAGCCAGUGUGGAGAGAGCGCCAGUGCAGCGGGACUCCACCAUCAGCACAGAUUCGUCUCUAUGUAGCAGCUCAGACCCACAAAAUGCAAACUCACAAAGUGAUUCCAGCAGCAGCGCACAGGUUUUUGGAUCAGUCGAGGCAGUAGAUCAGAUUGAGACUGAACCCAAGUCUGAGGUUGGAGAAGAUCAGCACAGUAGUCCAGCAAAAGAAGGCACAAGUACAUCUGCAGACACCCCACAACUUCCUUCCUGCAACCCCUCCUCUUUAGAUCUGUCAAAUCUGCAUCCAGGUUCAGAAAACCAACUGGAGUCAGCUGUUGGAUCUGCAAUCUCUCUGCAGCCAGAGGAAGCACCAGAAGUCUUGGAUGAGAAAGUGAAAGCUAGAGCAGAGGUGUCAACAGAGGAUGUGAUGGAUCUAGCAGCAAAGGACGAGGCUUUGGAGACAAAAGUGGAGACAGCUUCAGAAGGUGAUGUGGUUAAGGACACAGGAGAGACGUCUGAAUCUACGGAGAAACCUGCAGACGAGGAAGAUAAAACAAAAAAUGAGCAAUCAGAUGAUUCAAAAGCCGUGGACACAAAUACGAAUUUAAGAUGUUCUCCAGAGAACACUAAUGUCCUAAAGCUAGAAACAGAGAUUCAUAACGAGUACUUUCAAGCACCUCCCCUCGGGCAGACCUUGACUUUUCAAGCACAAAAAGAUCAGCAAGUGGAGCCGUUAUGUCCGAGUAUUGCAGCAAAAGAUACAGAACCAACAAGUGAAGUAGAGCCAGAGAUUCUUAAAAGACGAACAUCUCUGGAAAAAUCCCCAAUGUCAAAGGCCUGCACCGGGGAAUCAGAGAGAAAGGAUGCUGAGGCAACAGUGUGUGACUUGGCUGAAAUCAAAAAAGCGGCAGAAAUCCCAUUUGAGAAACCUGGUUCAAAUUCACCCGUCAGACAGGUUCUGAACGCUCUUCAGUCAGCGUCAAGGGGGAGCCUUUCAUUAUCAUCCCGGCAGUCUCCGGACACAGCCGAUUCAGAUGACUCACCUUCUGCCCUGGAAAUGGAGGACAUUGCAGGGAUAACAUGUGUGAACUCUGAGGAUAUUAAAGCCAGGCCUUUGGCAGGACUGGCUGCACCCCCUGUCUGCCUGGCACGAAGGGAGAAAAUGGCUUCAGUGGAUUCUGUUCUGGAUCACCAGCUGGACACGAGUCCUGAGGGCACUGACCUCGGCCUGUCUGAAGAGGAGCCGGAGAUGGAAAAUGUGCUCCCUGAAGCAGAGUCUGCAGAGGCGGGAGGAGACACCAAGCAUGACGAAUCCUCAGAAGAACAGACCUAUUCUCAAGAAAUACUCGACAUGUACCUGAUCAAUUUACAUCGCAUUGACAAAGACGUCAGACGCUGUGACAGAGCAUAUUGGUACUUCACUCCUGAGAACCUGGACAAGCUGCGUAACAUCAUGUGCAGCUACGUCUGGAAGCAUCUGGAUACAGGAUACGUCCAGGGCAUGUGUGAUCUUCUGGCUCCCCUGCUGGUUAUCCUGGAUGAUGAGGUCAUGGCAUUCAGCUGCUUCACUGAGCUGAUGAAGAGGAUGAACCAGAACUUUCCUCAUGGAGGUGCCAUGGACUCUCACUUCGCAAAUAUGCGCUCUCUCAUCCAGAUCCUGGACUCUGAGCUGUUUGAACUGAUGCAACAGAAUGGAGACUACACUCACUUCUACUUCUGCUAUCGCUGGUUUCUACUUGACUUCAAAAGAGAAAUGGUGUAUGAUGAUGUGUACUCUGUGUGGGAAACAAUCUGGGCAGCCAAGUAUACGUCCUCAGAGCACUUUGGGCUCUUCAUCGCUCUGGCUCUUGUGGAGAUGUAUCGAGACAUAAUCCUGGAAAACAACAUGGACUUCACAGACAUCAUCAAGUUCUUUAAUGAAAUGGCAGAGCGACACAACGUCCCGCAGGUCCUGUUGAUGGCUCGAGAGUUGGUCAACAAAGUGCAAACACUCAUAGAAAACAAGUGAUGCAGGUUGUUGCUGCUCCUCUGCUGCUGCUGCUCCCACUUUUUCUUUGUGCUAUAUUGUUUAAGAAUACUGACACUAACACUUACUGUCAAUAGUCACAGAGGAAACUGAUGAAAAUGAAAUGCAGUGAGCGGUACAGUACUGAAAAGCCAACUGGUAAUUAAAGCUGCUUAUUAUUCAACAAUAGUUGAUUAACAACCCUUUUCCAGUUGUGCCUGUCUAUGUGCAGGAGAUGCAACUAUUGCUGGUUCGUUUACUUUGAAAAGUGUUGUUGUUCACCCAGUGAAUGUACCCUUGUUGAAAACUGCUUGGGGAUGUGGUUUUAUUUGCCUUAAAUUUGCUAUUUUUCAGGGACACAGCAACCAAAUGAAUCUCUGUAUUAUAUUAACCAUGGUAUAUUUUGUUCAGUUCUACCUACCGUACAUCUUAAGUAUAUUUUCAGUGUGAUUGUUAUUUUGCUGAAAUUGUAGCUAUGAUGAUUGAACAUCUUGUGAUGCACUUGAAUAUAUUUUCAAUGAUAUCUGUCAUUGUAAGAGGAUUUGGUCACGUAAACAUCAGAGGUACGUUCGUAACUGACAAAGCCCUGCUCGGUCAAAAGUAGCAUGUAUGGUCUUCUCUUUCAUAUCCAUUUUGAGGACCAGUGACUGGCUUCUUGAGGCCUUGUGGUCACCUCCUUGUUUUUGCACACAAGCUUGCAGAGUAUCUCGAUCGAUCCUGUAAACUCUGUGGACAAAAUAUGUUCAUGAUUGCACAUAGCUCUCCUUCUGUCUCCGGCCUCCACUAUGCAUUGUUUAAGAUUUAGCCUGUGUUAAAUCAUCCCUAGUACCUUGUUCUGGCUUUUACUUCUGUGCAGACCAAUGCUUCUUUAUGGAAUCUAUGAACAGUUCAUGUAGACAACUACAUUCAUUCUUCUAAAAUAACACAAUGCAGCCCAGGCUGACGAACGCAGCUUCAGCACACAGUACAGUGCGGUCACAUGCUGCUCCGUUGCAGCAUUGUGAAAACUGUUUUGAUGGUUCACUUGAACUGAAGUGGUUUCAAGUAAAGGUAGCACACUUCCUCUAGUCUGCAUUAAACGCCCUCUCUUUCCACCAGAUCAGUCUGCAAAGCCAAUCUUGGUUGCCUUGUUAUCACCACGCUCUAGUGAUGUUUUUUUAUAUACCCAACCUAUAACAGAAAUGUUUAUAUUUCCCAGAGUGUAACAGUGCAUUUGUCUUCAUUAUUACCUCAAGAUUUCUGUGUUCAUUCCAUAGACUAUAGUUCAUACCUGUUAAACUGAACCCCUCAUGUGAGCCUAAAGUCAGUAUCACAUUCAUGGAGUCACUUAAGAUUGUACAUUUUUUCUAAGGCGAUCUUUAAAGCCCUCAUCAGGAUUUUAGUCUACUUAGUACCACAUGGUAAACUAUUCCAUUUCUGGGGGUUUGGUUCUGUGGUAGCUGGUCAGUGGUGUGCAUCCAUGCAGAUGUUUCAUUUUGAAGUCCAUGAGUUUUAAGAAGCAUAGAGCUGGAUGUUCUGCUGUUAACCCAAUAUAGUGGACACUGAUGGGAUGUCAUUUGUUGAGCAGAAAACUGAACAUUUAACAGAACAAUUUCAAAUUUGAGCCGAGAAAUCACUUUCUGUUUGACAGAAAUAUAUAAUAUAAUAUAAUAUAUUUGUAUCCUAAACCCUCAGCAAAAAAAUCAAAAACGAUCUACCCGGCUAUAAACCAGAACAUUGUCAGAAAGUGUCUUUUAUAGUGGAGACUCUCAGUUUCGUAUGAGCCAAAACUCACCCAUGUUUGAUUCACUGUGGCUUAAACUUGUUGAGUUUUGCGAUCACCACUUGUGUGUCUCCAUCUUCAGAAACAUGCCUGAGUAUUGCUGUUCGUGUAUUGCUGUGUCUGUGGUCAGAAGAUAUUCUGUAAAAUGUGUUCUAAGAGAUUGACUUACUGUAUAACUAAGCUAGUACAUAUUUAUUAUUAAAUGCAAUACGAUGUCUGUAUAUGGGCUUAAUCUGAUUAUAAUGAAGAGAGUUUAAAAAAAAAAAAACGCCAUUGGAAAUAAAUAUAUUUUAUUUUUUUCUGUCUUCUCAAAUUGUCACCUGGUAGAAUUAAUUUAUGGUGUAUUAAAAAUAUUAUAUUUUGCAUCC